GCUGCUGGUCCGAGCGAAGAAUGGCGGCGUCUUCGAGCGGCGAGAAGGAGAAGGAGCGGCCGGCAGGCGGCUCGGGAGCGGCGGGCGGUAACAGCACGCGAGAGCGGCUGCUGUCUGCGCUGGAGGAUCUGGAGGUCUUGUCGAGGGAACUUAUAGAAAUGCUGGCAAUUUCAAGAAACCAAAAGUUGUUACAGGCUGGAGAGGAAAACCAGGUCCUGGAGCUGUUAAUUCACAGAGAUGGGGAAUUUCAAGAACUAAUGAAAUUGGCACUUAAUCAGGGAAAAAUCCAUCAUGAAAUGCAAGUUUUAGAAAAAGAAGUAGAGAAGAGAGACAGCGAUAUUCAGCAACUACAAAAACAGCUAAAGGAAGCAGAACAAAUACUGGCAACGGCUGUUUACCAAGCAAAAGAAAAGCUCAAAUCAAUAGAAAAAGCAAGAAAAGGUGCUAUCUCCUCUGAAGAAAUAAUUAAGUAUGCUCACAGGAUUAGUGCGAGUAAUGCUGUGUGUGCCCCACUGACCUGGGUUCCAGGGGACCCACGGAGACCAUACCCAACUGAUUUAGAGAUGAGAAGUGGAUUAUUGGGUCAAAUGAACAAUCCUUCCACUAACGGUGUGAACGGUCAUUUACCAGGAGAUGCUCUUGCAGCAGGGAGAUUGCCAGAUGUGCUUGCUCCACAGUAUCCCUGGCAGUCCAAUGAUAUGUCAAUGAAUAUGUUACCACCAAAUCACAGCAAUGACUUUUUGUUGGAACCUCCAGGGCAUAAUAAAGAAAAUGAAGAUGAUGUAGAGGUUAUGUCAACAGACUCCUCGAGCAGUAGUAGUGACUCUGAUUAAAAAAACAUGAAAGAUAAAAAGCAUACAGAAUUGAGUAGUGUAGAAUUCUGUUUCUUAAACAAUAGCAAACCUGUGAAAAUAGCCAGGUAAUAUUGGCUAUAGUGGAAUUGUGCAGCCCAUUAAAAAUCACAGUGGACUUUUCUUUUUAAAGCCAAAAAUCAUGGUUUCAGUUCUAGACCACUAGGUGAAUAUUUAGAGAAUAAUCAAAAUUUACUGUUGGAAAAAAAAGAUUAUUCAGUUCAGUGCCAUCUUACCCUGUUCUUUUCCAGGUCUAUUGGACUUGUACAUAGUUCUGGAAAUAAGAUUGGAGGGAAAUGACCCAUGUACAUAUCACUAAUAGGCCUCCUGGAAUUAUUUAGAAAAGCAUUAAAAAAAGGCAGCAGAUCACUGAAUGUACGUCAUAUCUCAAAAUAACAAAAACCCUCAUUUGAAAGUGAAGGCUGUUAGCUUCUGUCAUAGGAACAGAAGAAAUGGUCUCAAUUUGUACUAUUUGUAAUUAUUGUAAUUUUUGUAAAUAAAGUCACUUUUGUUUGUACUCUC